AUUUCUUGGCAAACUUAAGCCUAAUCAUCAUCAUCGCAAACUGAAGUUGACAUUGUGAACUUCAGACAUCAUCGCUUCUAUGAUGCUACUUUACUAUGACACGUUUCAGAACGACCCAUUUCAGAACCUCGGACAGUUUCGAACUACAGACGUACAAAUCCUCAACAGUCAAAGCCUACGGCUGAACAACUGGUCUUUUACUUUAUCAAAACUAUUUAAAUACAUUUUCUCAUACCGACGGGAAAUCAGUAAGUAUAAUAACAAUUACAGUUUCUUCAUUGGUUUUAUCAGUGACAUUUUAGGCUAUAUUAUUCAUGGUAAUGAACACUUAAUACUAAUUCAGAUGCAUUUUCAAUGAACAUGGGAAAAUGUGUUGUAUAUGGUCAAAUACUUUUGACUACACUCCUAUAGGUAUUAGUCAAAAUCAGAGCACUAUACAGGAUAACCGUUUUAGGCCAGCUAGCGUAGGCACCCCUAACGUACCAAUAAUUCAUUUAAUAUAAUUAAUAUUGCAGCAUAUUGUUUCCCAUAGGCACUUCUGACCAUGGGAUCCGCCAUGUCUGUCUUAAAAAGGGAGAAGGCUGUGAACGCAAUUGAUAACUUAAUGGAAGACCAUGCAAGGAAGCACAACAAAACCCUAAAGCAUUACCUUCCAUGGAGAAGGUUGAUGAAGAGCUCCAAGAAAGUACAGGUCAAUGAUAAGACCAACCAAAACAGCAAUACCCCUCACAGUAAUGAGAACCUGGAGCAUUCUCAGUCAUGCUCCAAUCUGUCCGCCCUCAGCCUGGAAAGGUCUCAGUCCUGUGACAAGCCUUCAAACAUCACACAGGACUCCAGCACUCCAACCCUCGUCAACAGCUCCAACAACGCCACCUCAUCUGUCAAGUGGGUCCCAGUGACCGACUCCAACGCAGUCCCGGACGCUCCCCAGACUGUGAUCGACCAGGCCCCCGAUACACCCAAGAGGCUGGUGGCGCUCCAAGCUACAACGGGUGAACUGCUGCGCUGCCUGGGGGAGUUCCUUUGCCGGCGCUGCCCCCUGAUCCAGGACAUGUCCUUCAUGGACCCGUUGAUGUGGCUGUGGCUGAUGGACCAGUAUCUCCUGGUUAAUGGGUAUCAGAGUCAGAGCUGCAUCAACCCGUCGAGCCUGGUCUUUCUCUACAUGUUGUGCCGCGAGGUGGUCUCUUCUGAUGUGGCCACUCUGAACGAGCUGCAUGCCAUGGUGCUCACCUGCCAGUACGUUACCUGCUCCUACAUGGGAAAUGAAAUCAGCUACCCCGUAAAACCCUUCCUGGUGGAGACCUGCAGGCAGACCUUCUGGACGCGCUGUAUGUCCAUCUCCAAUGUGUUCAGUGGCCAGAUGCUCCAGAUGAACACCGACCCUAACUUCUUCUGCAAGGUAUUUGCUGAACUGAAGAAUCAGACUCCGAAGGAGGAGAAGAGCUGUCUGUUCACCGUGUGCCGGCGUUAAUGACGGGCCCGGGGUCCAACAGGGAUGGGGGGAGGGUGGUUAGGGGUAGGGUAAGCUUGGAUGGGAAAAUGUGAUUUAGUAUUUGACUUCAAUUGGAAGAAACAUCUACAGUAUGUAUGUGACUGUGUAAAGGAUUGAAUCUCCAUUCUACCAUUCCCUGGCCCUUAAGUCUGCAAACACUAGUGUUUCCCUGCUGCACGGAUAGGACUGGACAGUGAUACUGCAAACAGAAUAUGCUGAAUUCCAUGCUGAAUUUGUGUAGCUGUGGGAUCAUAUUUGU